UGUUUCUUCAUUUUGAACGAAUGUUUCGUCUUCAUUUUGGAACCUCCAUGUUCUACAAAGUAAUGCCCUGAUGGGGAUGUCUAUUUGCUGAUGUGUUCAGUAGCCAAAAGUGAGCUAGUCGCGCUUAUGUUCGAUCAAGUUCGUCUUUUGCUCGUUUGAGGAUUUUUUUGUUGCCUCUCCUCUUUUCAGAUCAAAUGAACAUCCGAAGGGUUAGUAAUUUAUGCUUUUUUAAACAGCAGUAGCAGGGUAUCCUGAAUAAACUUUCAAAGUCACCUUACAGAAAAUCUAAAUUAUGGUUACGAAGAAGAUGAGAUGCCAAAUCAGGAGGUGUGAUGACAAACCAACCACAGAAGAGAGUAGAUCAGUGACCACCAAGGACGAUAGUGCUGAUGACGACACUCAACAGGUGCUUCCUGAUGAAAUAUUUCUGGAGCAUAUUCUCGCCAGACUGGCAAUUCAACCUUUGAAGAGCUUAUCUGUUGUCUCUAAGCUCUGGUACAACUCUAUUUAUAAGGAUCCUCAAUUUCCAUCCUUGCAUUUUCAGCAAUCCAAAAAAAAAUCACUUUCUCAUAUUUAAUCUACUUAAUUCUUCUUAUAAGGGUUUUAUAUCUAUUAAACAUGUCAUCUUCAGUAUAGAUUUAGACGGUAAUAAUGGUGGUCAUUAUACACUUGCAAAUAAUGUUGACAUUCAAGAUGAUAAUCUUGUUUUUCAUAAAAAUUCAUCCUUUGGUACAUUGAAGAAAAUAGAAUUGGUUAAUUAUUGUAAUGGAUUCGGAUGUUAUACACCGAGCCGCCCCGUACAUGUUAACUUUGUGAUCCAAAACCCAAGCUGGGGUCUUGAAGUUUUAAGCACCAGUUGCCCAAACCCGGAUCUUUAUAUCAAAUCCUAUUACGGUUUUGGGUUCGAUUCAUUAACAAAUGAAUACAAGGUGGUUACAGUUCUUUGUAAUUCCAAGCAUUUGAAUGAUGGUGGUGAUAGGGGAGAGUUGUUUAAGGCCAUGGUCUAUACUCUAGGAACUUGUUCAUGGAGAAAAGCAGAUAGUAGCCCACUUGUAGCAGGUGCUGAUUCAAGUGGGAUAGGGAUGAGUUUUUCUAGAUCUGCUAUCUUCGUGGGUGGUUUUCUUUUUUGGAGGAUAUUUACUAGAGGAGUGGAUAAUGGUGAGGAGACCAGGGAGAUGUUGCUCUUGUUUGACCUCCAUGAUGAGAACUUUCAGUUUGUUCGCAUCCCAGCUGAAUGUGCCUUAAUGACUACAGCUGAGAGGAUGCAAGUAGUUGAUCAUCUUCUAGUUAUCAAAGGAUCUCCAUGUGUGGUGGUUUUUGAGAAAUUAUUAUUGACCAAUGGUCAUCAUGUUAAUCAUCAUCAGCAGCAGAGGAAUAGUCCUUUGUGCUGUUGUUGUUGUUGUUGUUGUUGUAAGAUUCACUUGUAUGUGUUAAAGGAUAUAGUCAAGCAAGUAUGGGUCAAGGAGACAAUCGAUGUUUGUACCACUACUUUCUCCUCUUUAUCGUCUUCUUGGCUCUCACCAGCGAAAUUCUGUUGUUGUUGCUUGGAUGGCACUGCUUCACCUCCUACUCGGAUAUUGAGUGCUUUUGACCGGGUUUUAUUGUAUUGGUUUGAUGGCAGCUGUCUUUGGUUAUUAGAUCCGUGGAAAAAUAAUCUCAAGGUGGUCAAGUGUUCCCAUGAUGAUAGGAAAUUAUUUGAACAUAAGAUGAAGGGUCAUCACAUUCAAGAUGUUGUUGGAAAUCACACUGACACUUGUAAUGCUAAUAUUUAUUUCCAGGAUGCAGAUGUUCAACUGAUCGCUGACUCUGAGAACUUCACUACUUUGAGAGCCUUUAUACCCAAAGGAGCUAAAAAAAUAGGCCGUCUUGAUGUACUAAGAUCGCGAUACACAGGUUACGUCUCGGCAAUAGAGGCAUCAGGCUCUAUUGCAUUUGCGUUUUAAGAAGAUUGCGACGUUGGCUACUGAAAGUUCUUCAGAUCACGUAACAGAAGAUAUAUGUUUAUUAACUCUGGAAUCAAACACUGGUGGAGCUUCAAAGGGAAACCCAGGUUUUAAAGGAGCUGGAUGCAGUAUCCGGAAUACAGGAAAAACAUCAAAGCAGGGUCUAUACCCACAGGUAUUACUACAGCUCUGGUUGUAAAAACUCGUGCUCUGUUCCUAGCCUGGGUUGAAGCAAAAAAUGCUGGCAUAAAUCACAAUAUAUUAGAAUAUGACUCACAACUGCUGGUAGACUACCACCUUGCUGUAUCGGAUCCUUCUAGCCAUUUGAUACUCAAAAGAGUUGCUCAUUCUCCUCGUGGCAUGUGCACAGAAGAUGUAACCAAGCAGCUGAUGAUGCACUGGCAACAAAAGGAGCAGGAGAUGCCAAGUCUCACCUCGUAUUAUUGUGUUCGGUUUUCCUUUUUUUUAAUGAAUGGAUUGUAUUGUUAGAAUGUUCGUUUCCAAAACAUUGUUUCUGUUC